AUGCACAAGGCUGACCUGAAGUUUCAUACCCAAAGAGGUAGUGAAUCUGGCAUUGGCCAAAAGGUUGCUGAGACCAGCAAUUUUGCACCAUCUCCUCAUGGAAUGGAGAGAAGAGACAAAGCUGAGGCAGCCAGGAUUGAAAAAGUUGUGAACUGCUUAUACAAAAACUCCAAUGCACUUUUUAUGCUGGUUUGCUUUCAGUCAGGAGGUGGCUCCACUUAUUUUGCCAGAUGGGGCAAAAAGUUUCCUAAUUCAAUAGAAGUCUACAUUUAUUUCCCUAUCUGUCCUAGGAUCUUCCUUGUUGCUGGAUGGGGAAUGGAGAUCGAUCAUGGCAUCGUCACAGAAUCUCUCUCGCCGUCCGCAUGUAUUAGAUGUCUUUCUCCAACUCCAGCACACGCCAUAAGGCUUGCUGGAUGAGAAAGUCCGCUUGAGGAAUCUUUUGCAAGUGACAUCUACCAGGUUGUUGAUGAAAUUACCUAUGCGCUACUGCCAGUCCUCCAGAGUAAAACAUUUUCAUUUUUUGGCCAUAGGUAUUUGACAUCUGUUUUGAAAGACAGCUGGGGAGUUUCUUCAAUCACAAACCCACGGUUCAUGUUGCUUGCCUUUGUUUGGGUGACAUUGCUUCCUCCCUCAUGGGGCCCAUCCUGCGUUCCUGAUGGCGCUUCACCGAAAAGGAAAAUCCGGAUUUGCAUCCCUGAAGCUGACAGUUUGUCAAAAGAGCAAGUUGUCUGUUUCAUAAAGGAUUUUGGAGGCAUUCCCAAUGAACUUAUUGAUGACAGGGAACUUUUACGACAAUGUAGUCCCAAAGUGCUGGCAGAUGCACACAGUGCUAUUAUUAACAGGAAAAGAUUCUGGGGUGUAAAUUAUAAAGUUACCUUUUAUGUUUGCAGCUUUGAUACACCCUCGGAGAUUGUUCUGUCUUGUGACUUAACACGCUCCACUGGAUCUGAAGAUACAGUAAAGGAUAUGCAAGGUGAAGCUGUUUUAUGGUUUGGGUUGUUUACUUUUAGCCUGAAAGAUGUAACCAGUGGAAGCUUUGACACUCAUGUACUUCCAGGACACCACUUCCAUCUCGUGCAACCUUCCAAUGAGACCUUCCUCACGAACUACAUAAUCUAGUGUCUGGAACUACUGAUGCUCAACUGUUAG